UUGUGUGUGUGUGUGUAUAAAGGACAUUCAUUCUCUGAGUCUGCCCUACAUCAUCCAGCAGGGUCUAACAUCUUGCAUUCGCAUUGCUGAGGUUACAUUGUAAAUUGUAACGAAUUACAAAGUAACAGCACGGUAUGAGUUCUGCAAUAGCCAAGAGCGAUUCCAGGACCUCGCUUCUGAAAUGUGGGACCAGGAGAGGGGGUGACUAUCACAUAGACACUGCUCCCCGCAGGAGGGGCUGCUGCCACCGCCCGGACACCGAGGCCGAGUCCGAGCCCUCCUGGGAAGAGGCGGCGGGCGGAUCGGCAAAGGGAGGCAGCACCGCGGCCAAGGGCAGAGCGAGCAGGAAGCGGGCGGGCGGCGGGGGUAAGCGGCCCCCCGGGGAGCCGGCAGCAGGACAUUCCCGGGCCAGGAGGAGCGCUCCGGAGUGCCCACUGGAGACCGGGGGCUCGGCGUCGCCUUCUCCAUCCAAGCCCGGCAAGGCGAGGGCUCAGUGUGUGGGUGUGGACCCGCACCUAGUGCGGAACCUCAGCCCCAUGUUACACUCGGUCUAUGGGCAGGACAGAGAGCUGGGAGCAGAGGAAAUUGAAGAGCUGAGAGACGCAUUCAAAGAGUUUGAUAAGGACAAGGAUGGAUUCAUUGGCUGUAAAGACCUGGGUAACUGUAUGCGGACGAUGGGCUAUAUGCCGACAGAAAUGGAGCUGAUCGAACUCUCCCAGCAAAUCAACAUGAACUUGGGUGGCCAUGUUGAUUUUGAUGACUUUUUGGAACUGAUGGGACCAAAGCUUUUGGCGGAGACGGCUGACAUGAUUGGAGUGAAAGAGCUUCGAGACGCUUUCAAAGAGUUUGACACAAACGGAGAUGGAGAGAUCAGCACGACCGAACUGCGUGAAGCUAUGAAGAAAUUACUGGGCCAGCAAGUUGGACACAGAGAUAUUGAGGAAAUCCUGAAAGAUGUUGAUCUGAAUGGGGAUGGGCGUGUUGACUUUGAAGAAUUUGUCCGGAUGAUGUCACGCUGAGGAUGGAGAGCAGGCCCUCCCUGAAUGAAGAGCCACCAACUUCACAGAGACUGUCGCAAUAUCUUAAUGCUGCUGUAGAGACUGUAUUGAGCAGCUCCUCCGAAUUACGGAGCGAAAUCUCUUCUGUCCAAGCUUCCAGUCCUCCACGUUGGAGCAACGAACUGAAACAGAAACUCUUUAUAGUCCUCUGCUGCCUGAGUUACACAGCUCAGGGGCUGACCCUCCCCAAGGACUGUCCAUACCCACUCAGUGGCGAGGUGGCAUCUCUUUCAGUGUGCAUUGCUCAAAGUCAAAUCGCCAAUGUAAUUAACAGAUGAAAUUUAACAUCGUACCAAGCUGUUUAUAGGUCCUCUGUCUUUUACCUGGCUUUGGAGGAUAUAGCCUUCAGCAAUUAUUCGGAAUAUCAGGGAGAAGCAUUACUGUGUGGCUGCACUGCCCACACUGACUGACAGAUUUACAUUAAAUUUGCCUCUGCACUACUUUGAUUAAAGUGUUAUAAUGAAUGGGUUGAGAAUUGAAUUGAAAUGGCAGAAACUGGAAUGUAAUGCGUUCUUGUAUGAGCCUGCUGUACUCGCUUCACAGAAGAAACAAAAACGUCCCAAUUUCCCUCAAUUUAUCCAGGAUUCCGUACCUCAGCACAGCAGAGUCGUUCAAACGCAGUGGAACAAUCUUCAGUCACAGAGGGCAAGCUGACUUGCUCCCUUUCUUGAAUUUGAUUGAACUCUCUGCAACGUGUUGUAAUCUGGAAGGCAAUGCCUGAAGGGGCGGUGGGAGCAGAUUCACUAGUAGAUUUCAAAAUCGUAGUUCCCCUCGGCUUGUGCAGGACAGUGGGCAACAAGACUCCAUCACCAGCCCCAAUCCUUCGCAAUCUCUUUGGCUGCAGCCCAAGAGCUGUCCCACUCUUAAAAGGCCACUUUCAAUGCCAGGCUUUCUUUGGCUAAUUCCCAUCCAGCCAUCACUCUGACAUGGCUGGGAGGUGAAAUAUGAGUCUUGCCAGUGUCUGUCAUUUCUCUGUUCCCAAUGUCCUUUAUAGCGCACACUCAUUUCCAAUUCUGGAAGGGAAUUGGAUAAAGAUGAAGGUGGAACCUUUGCAGGGCAGUGAUUUAAUUUGAUUUAUGAUUGUCAUGUGUACCAAGAUACAGUGAAAAGUAUUGUUUUGCGUGCUAUUCAGACAU